CAUAACAAUUGUAGAAGUAAUUAAAAAAGAUAUAAAGCAUAGGGGCGAGCCUGGCUGCUCUCACCCUGUUCUUGAUUGCUUAAAAUAUACAAAUAAUAAAUGACAGUAUUAUUGAUUCAGUAUAAAAAAAAUUAAGAUGAGUCAAGCUUAAACACAACAGAGAAAAGACGAGCAGCCUUUCGGAGAUCUCAAGAGACUAAUCCCUCGACGCUUCCGAACGUUAUUCUUCCUUAAUCUCAUCAUCAUCAUCAUAUUCAAACCUACAAACUGACCCCUUGUUUUUGUAGUUCUUUCUCGCUGUAAAGUGUGAAACCCCCAUUACAUUUGUUCUUUUGGGUUAUUGAAUCCAUUUUCUAUUCAAAGGCGGAGGCGUUAAUCACAGAGCGCCAUAGCAUUCACUAAAGUCAAACCAAAACACACAAAACAACAACAAUGGCUGCUGCGCUUUCUUCUUCAUCGCCUCACUGUUCAUCUUCAUCUUCUUCAUCAAUUGGGUUUUCCCAUCACAGAGUUAGAGGCGGCGGAGGAAAAGGGGUGAUUGUUUCUGCCGUAUUUCCUAAAAAAUUUGCUGCUGGAAGAUGUCCCUUGCAAUCAAAGCCGAAUCUUCAUUCCUCCAAUUCCCAAGUCCUCUGCAUGCAAGAUGGUUUGUUCCCUCUUCCCUUUUCUCAAUGCAGUUUUUCCAUUAACAUUCAUCUGCUGCAAGAAUUUGGCAUCAUGUAUAAAGUAUAUAUUUUCGUUCAUCACUGUAAAUUCGCCCGUGUACUAGUGUGUUUCUUUUCCCCCCAGUUUUUUUUGGCUCGAUGUUGAGAUUACCUGUAUUCUUAGAUUGGGAGUUUUCGUAUGAUUUUGAUUUUGAUUUUUUUGGGGAAAAAAAGGGUCAAGGAGGUGCUUGAAAGAUUGGAUUUUUAGCUGCUUCUCUGAAGUUUGUUUUUUCCUUAAAGGUUGUUGCUUUAUCAAUCACUAUACUUAAGAGUUCUGCAUGCUGGCUUUUGUUUCAUUGGUUUAAUCUUGUUUAAUGCCUCGUUUUUUUACAGGUGCUGCCGCAGCUACUAUAGCACCAGUUGAAAAGGAUACUCCUUUGAAGAAGAAGCAGCUCAAUGAGGGGUUGUUGUCUGUUCCAUCCCCAGAGGACCGCAUAUCCCUGACUCCUACUGAUGGAAAUAAAGGUGAAUCCACUGUCAGUAUUACUGUAGUAGGUGCCUCAGGAGACUUAGCCAAGAAGAAGAUUUUCCCUGCUCUCUUUGCACUUUUUUAUGAGGGUUAUCUUCCAGAGCAUUUCACCAUCUUUGGGUAUGCUCGGAGUAAGAUGACUGAUGCUGAACUUCGACUUAUGGUUAGCAAGACUCUUACUUGCAGGAUUGACCAGAGGGAAAACUGUGGUGCGAAGAUGGAGCAGUUCUUAGAAAGGUGUUUUUACCAUAGUGGUCAAUAUGAUUCCCAAGAUCACUUUAGUGACCUUGAUAAGAAACUGAAGGAACAUGAGGCUGGGAGGGUAUCUAAUCGACUUUUCUACUUAUCAAUACCACCAAAUAUCUUUAUAGAUGCUGUAAAAUGUGCAAGCCUCUCUGCAUCUGCUGCAAAUGGCUGGACAAGGGUCAUAGUUGAGAAACCCUUUGGCCGAGAUUCUGAAUCUUCUGCGGCUUUAACAAGAGCUUUGAAAAAUUAUCUGGAAGAGGAUCAGAUUUUCAGAAUUGAUCAUUAUCUUGGAAAGGAGCUCGUGGAGAAUCUAUCUGUCCUUCGCUUUUCAAAUCUCAUUUUUGAACCGUUGUGGUCUAGGCAAUAUAUAAGAAACGUUCAACUGAUAUUCUCUGAAGAUUUUGGUACUGAAGGACGCGGCGGGUAUUUCGACAAUUAUGGAAUCAUAAGGGACAUCAUGCAGAACCAUCUGCUUCAAAUACUCGCGCUCUUUGCCAUGGAAACCCCCGUCAGUUGUGAUGCGGAAGAUAUUAGAAAUGAAAAGGUUAAAGUCUUGCGUUCCAUGAGGCCUUUGAAGCUUGAUGACGUGGUGAUAGGACAAUAUAAAAGUCACACUAGAGGAGGGGUUAAUUACCCCGGAUAUACCGAUGACAAGACUGUACCCAAAGACAGCCGGACCCCUACAUUUGCUGCAGCUGCUCUUUUCAUUGACAAUUCUAGAUGGGACGGGGUGCCUUUUCUGAUGAAAGCUGGGAAAGCUCUGCAUAAUAGGAGGGCUGAGAUAAGAGUGCAGUUUAGGCAUGUGCCCGGUAACUUGUAUAACAAAAACUUUGGUACUGAUCUUGAUCAGGCCACAAAUGAGCUCGUCAUUAGGGUUCAGCCAGAUGAAGCGAUUUAUCUGAAGAUUAAUAACAAAGUCCCAGGUUUAGGAAUGAGACUGGACCGCAGCAAUCUUAAUCUUCUCUAUGCAGCGAGGUAUGCAAAGGAGAUUCCUGAUGCAUAUGAGAGACUUCUUCUGGACGCUAUAGAAGGAGAAAGAAGGCUAUUCAUACGAAGUGAUGAACUGGACGCUGCGUGGUCCCUGUUCACACCAGUUUUGAAAGAAAUCGAGGAGAAUAAAAUCAUUCCUGAGUAUUAUCCAUAUGGAAGCCGUGGUCCCGUUGGUGCUCAUUACCUUGCUGCUAGGUACAAUGUACGGUGGGGUGAUCUAGGACUUGAUGACCAAUAAAGUUGGACUGGAUAAGCGGGCGUUAUUUCUUGAUGAGAGAUUCUCUGGUAAAAAUUCUGUGUGCCACUUUAUGUUCCUACUGCCCAAAGUUAUGUCAGUUUUGAUACUACUUGCAAAUAGCAGAUGUGAAUCAAUAUCUGCAAGUGUUAUUAAAAAUGACAUUGUAGUGGUGGUGUGGUUCAGAAAUGGCACAUGACAACCCGCAAGAGAAUCUUGUCUAUUCUGCACCUUGUUAGUAGCAUUCUUUCUUGGUGGAAGCUCUACUAAUAUAUACACACAAAGGUAGUCAGAUAAAGAAGAGGGUUGGGGGCUCAAUUGUUGUAUUUUCAGGCAGUUUGUUUACAUGAGUAUGCCUUGAUCUUGUGUCCUUUUUCCUUGUAUUUUGUAAGCUGUAGAAGCAAGCAACUAGAAAAAUCAUUCAUCUUCACAAACUAGGCUUGAGGCUGAAUUCUGAGUUGUAAGUUUUAUUAGUUUCCCAACCUUCCCAUAUGUUAAAGAGGCUUGGGCCCCCGAUACAAUAAGGGGAGUUAAAGUUUAAAGGAAACUUUUGGGCCUUAUUUCAUUUCGUCUGUUAGAAUUAAACGAGCUAACUAGAUUUUGAU